CAGCAAGCUCCACCUGACCGGCAGAAGAGCUCCAACGCAAGUCAAAGUGCACAUCAAGACAGUGCAGUUCGGUUGCUACAGUAUUCACGUGUGCAUCGUGAACAGAAGCGAGAGAACUGUGAGUAUCCAAUUCGCUCCGUAUUGAGGACAGGUUCGAAGCAGUUUACCUGAAGAAUGCGAGUGUUAUUCCCACUCCACCGGAUCCUCGAGCAAAAUAAAGUCAGCGGCGGUCACAGAGAGCUAGUAGACCAGCAACACGAGCAGCAGGAGGACCAGGCCCAACCAACAGUUGAGCUGCCAGGUUGUGACAGUGGUAACCGCUGUGACGACGAGACUUCAUCUCUACGCGAAAGUGCCGUUGAAAUCGAAAGUACUAGUUCUGCACAAUUACCUGUACCUCCUUGCACGGUGAAUCCAGUGUCCUCGACUCGAACGUCGCCAAUCUGCCGCAAGCGAGUUUUCCCAGCUUUCCCCGACAACGACACCCUUCCAGAUUCUGACGCGAAGUCAAUUUCAGCACAACCAUCGCCACUGAAACGCAGCCAUUUUGCUGAUUCUAAACCUGCCGCCCGUACUAGAGCAACUAUGGCAGGUCCACGCAAACAAUACCUUUCUUACGAGUCCCGAGAAGAUGAUAUCGACCCAGCAAUGGACCCUCUCGAAAACGAAGCCCCUCCACUCAAUGAAAGCUAUCCUAUAGGUGUGAUGUCUUCAGGAGCCUGGAUGCCAAAUUCAUCGACAAUGGCGAGGGUGGUAACCUCCAAGCCUACCCGUGACGACGAGGCUUUUUCGCAGGCGCUCAAAUCUCGCGGCCUUGAAAUCAUCGAGCAAGCUGGCGACGGCAAUUGUCUCUUUCGAGCUGUCUCGAUCCAAGUUUAUGGCGACUCACAAAUGUAUGAUCAAGUACGUUCACGGUGUUUAGAUUUUAUGGCCGCCGACCCUGAGCAUUUUUCACCUUUUGUGACCGGCGAAGCUUUCCAUGCUUAUAUCGAUCGGAAGCGGCAAGACGGCGUUCACGGUAAUAAUCCGGAACUCCAAGCCAUUUCGGAAUUGUACAAUCGCCCGGUUGAAGUCUUCACACCAGAUACGGGAGCCAAGCCACUUAAUAUUUUUCAUGCAGAAUACAAGACCGGUGAUACACCGAUUCGGUUGUCGUACCAUGAUGGGAACCACUACAAUGCGGUGAUCGACCCUUUGGUUCCUACAGCAGGGUUGGGCUUAGGAUUGCCUGGUUUGCAACCCGGGCUGGCGGAUAAGAUGCAAGUGGCAAAGGCCAUGGCGGAAUCGGAUCAAAUGGCCGACGAUAUGGAGCUGCAGCGUGUUCUGAAAGAAUCUAAAGAGGACCAGAUACAACGGGCAUUCAAAGAGACUUCGUAUUCGAUGGAACAUUACCAGGAGAAAGCAAUUGCACUUUCCGACCUUGACGCAACGAAUUUUGAAAUAGAGCAGACCAUGUUGGAGCACUCUUUGGAAACGAAAGCGCAACAUGAGCAAGGGUGCAAGCAACGGGCCGUACCCGGAAGGCGAUGGCGGAAGCGUUCCUCACCACUUAUGUCUCCCUUCCUCUGCCCUCCUAACGCUGCUUCGCUGCUAGCAUCGCAAGAAGAAGACGCGGCGACACCAAAAUCCACCCCUCCUGUUGCUGCCGCCGCAGCGUCCUCGGCUACCGCAGGCGUACAUACAGAAGGAUCCCCUGUCCGACACAUUGAUGAAUAUCCGCAAGCUGUUCAAGAGCUUGUCAUGAACGGGUUUGAGCUUCGACGAGUAAUUCACGCAUACGAGCUUCUUGGCGACAAUUUUGACGAUUUACUCGCGUUUCUUAUGUCUCGAGUGGCCUCGUAA